UACACAAGUCGACUCUUUCAUCAAUAACAAUACUAAACCUUCCCUUGCAUGCUCACUUGGAAUUCUCCCCGCACUGAUUCCCCAAACUCCACAUAACCACAACCUCCCAAGCUCACACACACAAGACUCUUCACCCGCACCAGUACACGUACUCUCUUAUCUCUCCCACCUGGAGCAGGAAUGUCGGCCCUAGUACACGCCGAACUGACACCAAAUGUCCCCCAACCAGCUAUCCUAACCAAGGCUGUCCGAUUGCUCCGAAUGAGCGAAGUCUUCGAGCUAGGACGACGCAUGUGUGAGGCGAACCUUGGAACGCCCGCCGCGAUCAAACGCCUCGUCGAGCAGCGAUUACAAGAGAUUACGAGCGACGAAGAAGCCGGGUGUUCGAACACUCCAGCAAAGGAAUCUAAAGGGAGCAUCAGCACCCCGCAACCGGUCUACUAUAAAGAAACGGCUCGCAAAAGCAACAGCGAGCCGAGCCGGUCACCUGUUGACGAGGCUGCCUCCACCAACGCUUCAGAUGAAGGAGACGCACCAUCUACAUUCUCCGAAGCCAGAGCGGACCUCCAAGACGCACUAACAGCAUACUGCAUCGAGUACGCCAGCGAUCAAAACUGCGCCGACUACAAAGAGAUCACCCAAGCUUUUACAGCUGGAAUCAACGAAGCUGCAGCGCGGCCGCGUAAAAGCCAAUCGCCCCAGAAGUUGUGGAAAGAAGUCAGCACCAGCGUGCUUGCGUCGGCGGAGAAAGAGCGAUUGCGCCGGGAGAGAGUGGUGCUUGCGUCCGCGGAGAAGGAACGGCUGCAGCGAGAGAGCGGCGCGCGGGCACGCGCUACGAGUAUCUUAAAGCGCGGUUGUACCUUAGGGUCGGUUGCACAGUCCGAUGGAGGACCGGGUUUGGAUUUGGAUACUGACUUCGAGGCUGGAGAAUCAGACGAUGAUGGAUACGAGUCGCCGACGCCUUCUGCCGCGAUCUAUCGCAAGCGGAAGCGUGAAUCCUUCUUGGGAUCAGUAGCAGAGAAGCAGCUUGUGGUACCAGCAGGUAAACGGCUCCGUGUGAAGACUUACCAGUCCGCGGUAGGCGAGGCGCAGUUCAAUGCCUCUGUACAAUUUCCACCCAACCAACAAUCCCCCGCACCCCUGUCUACACCAUCAAGCCAUAGCAUGACCACACAGCAGCCGCUGCAGGUUCAUACUCCUCAGGGCUGUGCGAAUCCGACCGCGGCAGGAAAGCAACUCACAGGGAACAGCCACAAAGCCGGAUUUUUACAGCGGACCUCUAUGCCAUCACCACCUGCGACUGGUGGCCGGUUCCAAGAGCCGCGAUCUUACAACUUCAGCAGCCCUGCGCUCAACGGCGUCCCAUUGCGCGACACGCCCGCCGUAAUGCAGAGCUUUUUCCGCAACACGGUUGAGGAGGUGCUGGAGAAUAUCCUGGAGAACACAGAGUCUGAUGAAACGCGGGGAGUCGUGCACGCAUACUGGAAGCACAUCGGGGAGGAGGUACCGAGGUAGCAGCUAGAGUAGGUAUGUAGUUGGGAGCGGCGAGAGCCGCGAAUGCGGAAGGGACGAGAAUUGGAAUGGGUUGCCUGAGGUCGGAGGAUCUGGAAAUGUAACAACUUUCAAGCCUUCGAACCGCCGCAGUGAGAAGGCAAGAACGGAUCAUGAGCGGUAAUAAGAGUAGUGUGCAAGGGAGAACUUGACUGCAUUCAUAAGAAAGUACGCCUAGAUAUCGAAGCGAGCUUUCGCAAGUCGACGCUUCGACUGUAUGCCAGGAAGCGAGCUUUCGUAAGUCGACGCUUCAAAUGCAUAGCAGCUAAGAAUGGAAUCCAAGACCUCCGUCUCUUUACUCUUCUGUCUUUCCUUACACCGAGCGCUCUACGGUCGUCGCC